AUGAGAGCCAGCAAUGAUGGUAAAAGCAAUCACAAUAAUGGCUUUGACUACAGUGGCUGGAAAACAGAACAAUACAACUUGAAGAGGCAAAUGAUUUUACGUGAUCACAACUUGACCUUUGAUCCAAAGAAUCUAGACAAGACAUUGAAAUUAAUUGGAGGAGUAGAUAUUAGUUUUGAAAAUGGGAAUAGUAAUAGAGCUAUUGCUACUUUGAUUGUUCUUUCAUUUCCUGAUUUGAAAAUAGUUCACGAAGAAAGCGAACAAGUUGAAAUGACAUUGCCUUACAUUGCUGGAUAUUUAGCUUUUAGAGAAGUUCCACAUAUUCAACGAUUAAUAGAGAAUGUAAGAAACAAGGUUCCACACAUGAUGCCACAAGUUAUUCUCGUUGAUGGUAAUGGCCAUUUGCACCAAAGAGGUUUCGGAUCUGCAUGUCACCUAGGAGUGGUCGAGAAUAUUCCAACAAUUGGAGUAGCAAAGAAGAUUUUAAUGGUAAAGGGAUUGACCGAUGAAUAUAUUGAUGGGUUGGAGCAACAAUUGACCAGGAAGGGAGAAUGUAUUGAUAUAGAUAUUGAUUCAGAGAAGAGAAUUGGAUGUAUCUUGAAAACAGAUAAUAUCACAAAUGUAUAUAUUAGUCCAGGGCAUAGGGUUUGUUUGGAUACAGCAGUUAGCAUUGUUAAACGUUGCUCUUUGAAGAGUAUUCCUGAACCAAUUUACCAAGCCGACUUGAUCUCCAGAAAUCAUGUUAAAAAGUACUUUAAAAAAUCCAAGAAUCCAAGAAGAUAUUAA